AUGAGUGAUUUCCAGGAACCAAGCGACGCACAACCACACGCUGAACCACAGGCACAGCCAACCAGAAACGCCCAAGAGACAGGCGAGGCAAAUGUUCCUGUCCAGCCAGCGCUUCCCACUACGCAUCAAGAGAGGGAGCCAGAGCGUGAGCAACCAGAGCAGAAGGAGCAAACAGAGCAACCAGAGCAGUUUCAGCAAUCAGAACAACCAGAGCAACCACACUCCCCACACCCCGCACACAGCGACAAAGCCACGCAGGAGAAAGUAAACGCAAUGUCGAUAAUGUUCCCAUCGAUUGACAAGGAAAUUAUAAUUUCAGUGCUCGAAUCAUCCAGCUCACAGGAGAGGGCAGUGGAGAAGCUAUUGCAGAUGAGUGACCCAACACACAGCACACACAUCACACACACAGCGCCAAAACCAGCGAGGCCAGUAUCACAAAUGAGGCAGAUGGACGAUGAUGAAGCGCUCGCGCGACGCCUACAAGCGAUGGAUUUUGAGAGGAAUGGCAGGGCUUCAUCUACGCCGUACGACGACCUUGCGUACGAGCCACGCAAGCCUAGACGCAGGAAUGAGAGGGAGUAUGAGGAGGAGCACCAGAAGCAACAUGAGAAGGCUGAUUCUCUCGAACCUGGUUUUAACUUUAGCGAUAUUGCAAGCGCUUUCUCGGAAUUGGCUUGGACGAGUAAGAAGCAUCUAAACGAUUUCUGGAGUUCGAUGACAAAUUAUGGCGAGCAGGAAGAGGGACAGCCAAAGCCAACUCCAAUUAAGCUGGAAGACCCUUACGCUCACCACUACGAUCCCGCUAUACACCGCAGAGCCAAGGAGAACAACAGACAGUCUAUGAGUGUUAAUUCGAAUGGCAACGACAAAUCAGCAGACUUUACAAACUUGGGAUUCCUUCCUAGACGUGAAAUCGACCUCAGCCAGCACAAGCGCAACAACAGCACGCCGCACGAGGAAGAGGAAGAUGAGUAUACGCACAAUCCAUUCAAUGAACGUAAGUGA